AUGACUGAUGAUAUAUUGCAUCAACAUCGUACACGGUGUAACGACCUAGCGAUAACAUUCAGCGACGAUAUGUACAAUGAAGCAUUGAUUGCUAUUGAGGAUCUUUGCAUUAUCAUUGCCAACUUACCACUCAGUCAUUUCAGUAUGAAUUCGCCAAAUCGAGGUGCAACUGAUUUAAUGAACACUGAAAUGAAUCGUGAAAUGCAGUACAAUACUGUAGAAACGGCGGCGAUUGUUACUCGCAAUGUCCCACUAAUGAAUGAGGAACAAAGAACCAUUUACGACCGCAUUAUGCUCGCAGUUUCAGCAGGACAAGGUGGGUUCUUCUUUUUAGGUGCACCAGGUGGAACUGGCAAGACAUUCCUUAUUUCGCUAAUUCUCGCGAAAAUACGAUCCAAUAAUGGCAUCGCAUUGGCCGUUGCAUCAUCGGGCGUUGCGGCAACUUUAUUGGAUGGAGGCAGAACAGCUCAUUCAGUAUUCAAGCUACCACUAAAUAUUCAAAAUAACCCUGACUCAGUGUGCAACAUAAAAAAACAAUCGUCCAUAGCCACAGUGCUGAAACAGUGUAAAAUUAUCAUCUGGGAUGAAUGUGCCAUGGCACACAAACAUUCGCUUGAGGCGUUGAACAGGACAUUGAAAGAUAUUAAAAACAACGACAAACUAUUUGGUGGCACUCUGUUAGUUCUUUCAGGUGACUUCAGACAAACACUUCCCGUCAUUUCAAAUUCAACAUCCGCUGAUGAAAUCAACGCCUGCUUAAAAUCAUCGACAUUGUGGCGUAAUGUUGAAAUAGUACAGCUGAAAGUAAAUAUGCGCGUUCAAAUGCUUCAAGAUCCAUCCGCUGAAACAUUCUCAAAACAACUCUUAGAUAUCGGCGAUGGAAAAGUCACUAUAGCUGAAACUGGAUACAUAAAAUUAGCGAAUGAUUUCUGCACAAUCAUUGAUUCGUCUGUCAUGACUAUGCAUGAUCAUUCACAACCGUACUCGACUGUGCAUGACUGUGUACCAUCAGAACUGUAA